AUGUCAAACACAGUAUAUCAGAAGGAUGGUAGUGGUAAUGAUGAUCGAUGGCAAGAACAUGAAUUUGAUAUAUUAAAAAAAUUACUUUGGUUUGUCGAUACUGAUGUUUCAUCAAUUACCACCUCCCUUCUAGAAGAUGACUAUGUUCAAGUAACUUUUCAUGUCCACCUCCCACCAAAAAUUGAGGAUAUCUCUCGUGAAUUUAAAUCAGUAGAAAAAGCAUCUCCUUGUGUAAUUGGUAAUAUUGAUGAACUUGGUAAUUGGGAAAAUGUAGUAGUUCCACUUAAACAACCUUAUUCGAAACCGUUAAAAUUCUAUGGUGAGAAAAAUAGCACUUAUUGGGUGUCUGAACCCGUGACAAUUCCGGUGAGAAAAUUCAAUGAAGGAGAGAUUAGGUAUAAAUAUGCAGUGCAAAUUGUUGAGAAAGUGGAUAAAAAAAGUAUUAAAGCUGAGGAAAAGAGGAUCAAAGAAGCAGAGAAGAAGGCAGAAAAGGAUAGAAAGGAAACUGAAAAAAAGGCAGCAAAGGAAAAAAGAGAGGAAGAAAAAAGGGCCAAAAAGGCUGAAAAGGAAAAAAGAGAUGCUGAAAAAAAAGCUGAAAAUAAUAAGAAAUCUGGUGAUGAUAAUAUUCAAGAAGGUGAAAAUAAGAAAUCUGGUUAUGAUAAUAUUCAAGAAGAUGAAAAUAAGAAAUCUGGUGAUGAUAAUAUUCAAGGUGAAAAUAGUAGGGACAAUUAUGUAACAGACAAGAAGUUAAAAGAAAGUGAAAAGUUAGACAGAAAAAUAAAGGAAGAGCCUAAAAAGUAUUGGUUUCAUGAGAUUAUUCAUGAUACUCUAAACUAUCGUACAUUAAAUAUGAAAGGUGGACUUAUUAACCAGUUUGACAUGGUGAGACAGAUAGAUAUUGGCAAACGUCCGUAUUAUAAACGUGUUCACGAUUACGAAUUCUUUAAAAUAAUCUGGAAAUCACUUUCGUCUGAUAACGCUAAAAUAAAGCUUAAGGAAUAUCUAGAUAUUUUGGAAAAGUUUCCUGAUGAAACAUUAUCAGCCAGUGAUGUAAAAUUUAUCGAGAAUGAAAUUCGCAACACAACCGAUAAAGAAAAACGCCUAUUUUUAAGUAUUAUACUAGGUUAUUUCAUUAUGACACGUUCUAAUACAUUUGGCAAUUACAAUUUACUUGGAAAGAAAUUUCCGUCUCAAUAUGUAUUUGAAUCUAUUGAAAAGUUUCAACCUGAAGACUGGUUACCUAAUACAAAGGAAAUUCUUUUAACAACUCUUCGUGCAUCGAUUGUACGUGAGGUACAAUAUGAUGAAUAUUUUUGGGUGAAAGCAAUGUUUACAUCGGCACAUUCAUUAGAUCCAGAUUAUAGCUUUUUGGAAAGUGUUUCUAAUCAGCAGUUUAACGAAAAAUAUUCGAAAUUGCUCGUUGAUUUUUAUUUUCCAAAAUAUGUUACACCUAACAUUAACGAAAUUGAGUCGGAUGAUAAAUACUCUAAAAUCGCCAAGUGGAUGAUAAAAAUAUGCAGUAAUAUGAAUCAACUAUUAAAAGUAUGGGGUUCUUUAAAAGAACACAUAAAAUAUAGAGAUAUAUCUCUGCGAAAAAUAUUCCUUGAGAAAAUACAAUUCCACAUUUCAUCAGUAUCUGCAGAAUCACUAGAAGAACAUUUUAAUGCAAUCCCCAAUGAUUUCAAAUCAGAAGUGGCAGAACAAUUCCGAAGAGCCGCAUUUGCUUUAUUAGAACAAACCUCUACUCAUAAAUGGACCAAAUCCAACGUGGAUUAUAUAUAUCGCUUAUUACUAAAUAAUCAGUUUGAAUGGAACAAAGAACACCAUCUUCGAGCGCUUCAUAUCAUCUCUUUAUCAAAAAGCAGAAUAUUAUUAGAUAAAUUUCCAAAAUUGCUUAAAUUCUGGUUUAACAAAUAUAAUAAUACUAUUGACUUAACAGAAACAAAUAACAUUCCAACUAUCUGUAAACAAUGGUACCGUAGUAUACUACAUCAUCUUAAUUUUACUGCUGAUGACUGGAAAUACGUUUACGAUGUGUUUGAAAAUCUAUCAUAUAUAUAUGAUACGAUAAAGAAUCGACCAGAUAUAUUAACUAAAUUAAUCGAAAUUGCUAUCGAUCGUUGUAAUCAGUGUAGUGAUAGUAGAGUUUUUGGUGCUACUAAGUAUAUUCACAAGUUCAGCACAUUGAGUCAGAGUCUUGUUACGCCAUUUGCACAAAUGGUGAAAGAAAAACUUUUAAUUAGGGAUACUGAUGACGCAUUGUUGCAAAAGAUGCAACAAAUUUGUGCAUGUAAGUCAAAUGUUUUGGACGUUCCUAAUUUAUUAUGUGAAGAAAUCUUAUUAUACGUCGUAGAAAAAUUGAAAACUUUACAUCCUUUACCUGACAAAUCCGAUUCUGAAAUUUCUUCUACUUUAUUAAUUCUUCUCCGCCAUACCAAAUUUUGGAACUUGAUGUUAAAUCCAACCGGUGAAGUUGCAAGAUUAAAAUCUCAUCCAUAUAUUAAUCACGCUCAAAAUAUCAUUCUCAGUUUCGAAAACAUCUUAAUACAAGAAUCUAUCACAUUUUUAUUUUUACAAAGAUUCCUUCUCAAUCAAGAUGAAGUGUUGAUUCGAUUCUUUAAUUCUGAAAGAAUUAAUAAAUCAACUCUUACUAAAUUAAGGGAUCAAUGUCAGAAUUAUUUGAGUAAAAUGGAUCGUUUACAUACUUUCUACACGCGGUUUUGUUCUCAAAAUAAAGUUAGUGAUCUAAAUUCUUUUAUUGAUGAUAUAAAUGAAAGAUCUACAAAGUUGGAUAACUUAACUCUUAAAGAAACUCAAUCGCCAAAUCAUUGGAACAAACAUAGGAUCUCUGAAAUUGCUGCAAAUAUGGUAUACGAAUUAAUCGAUUCACAAACAUUUAGAAACAUUUUUGAAAAUGUAAUGCGAAAUAGAGGAGAAAAUGUUUCCAUGGAAAACUUAGUCAAAACUAUUAUACCAUUAGUAAACAAAGAAUAUGAAAAAUUUGCACAACAAUACAAAACCGAAAAUUGGGAAACACUUAAAUGUUCAAGCCAAAUUGUACUUUGGCAAAGAGUUAACCAAGGAAAUGUUAGAAAUGAGCUUGAUUUUUUGCAAAUAAAACAAACUGAUCGAUUAGUACAAACAAUGAAACAUAUGACUCGAUUUCCUACAUACGUUGAAAGACUUCGACAAUUAAAUGAAGUUGUAUUAAUGUUCAAGGUUUUAUGUACUAAAGGUGGUUGGCUUGGUACUAUGUUAAUGAUUCUUGAAAAUGAAUAUUUAUGGCUUGGAGUACUCAAUGAUUUUUUCGUGUAUUACAAUAAGCAUUUAUCAAAUAUUAGAGAUGACUGUUGGGAAUUAGUUAAAGCAUUGUCAAUGUCUCAUGAUUUCAUUAAAUGGCUUCGAUCUAUAGCUGAACACAAUAUAAAAAAUUUAAUUAAUAGUGUAGACGACCAAUCUGAUGAAAGACUUAUUCAGGAAGAAACGAUGUCAUCAUUGAUUCAAGUUCAUCAAGUUUUGGUACCAGUAAUAAAGAGUGAUGAAACUCUAACUGUUAAGAGGCUUUUGAGAAAAUUGGCAUUGAUUGUGGAAACAAAUCCGAAAUUGGGUCAAAAAAUUGAAUUAUGUAAUUGCAAUAGAAAAGCAUUAGAGAAUUUGGUUAAAAAUAUUGAUAAUAAAACAGAAAUCACCCAAGAACGAAUUAGCAAUUCUGUAAAAAAAGGAAGUUUUACUUUUAAACGGCUUGAAAAUGAUGACAAAUGCAAUGCUACCUUAUCUUAUACAACUCGUAUCUUAACUGAAAAGGAAGUCGCGGCUUUAAAAACACAAGUAACAAAGUUUACACUAAAUGAUCUGCUUGAUUUACGAGGACGUGCUCUUUUGAUAUCAAAACCUGGUAUCACUUUGGACGUGGAGAGUCUCGGAGAGGAAGGACGUCGACAAGAUUUGGCUAAAAAGAUAAUGAAUGAGUUCGUGCAACAAGUUGAUUUGGCACAGGAGAUUUGUGAAUUGGCUUCAAAAUUAAUUCAAAAAGGUCAUUUUAAGUAUAGAAGAUUUAAUCAAAAUGUUAAAGGAAUCGGACAAAUGGAGGAUUUGCUUGAUGAAUUAAAUGUGGCUUUGGAAGAAUGGGAAAAGAUUAUGAACAAAGCACAGGAACAAUAUUACUACCUCACUUUCUUUCCAGCCAGACAUAUCUUGGUAUUCUAUGACUAUUUUAGCCAAACUGCUAAAGAUAAAGAAGCAAACAUUGAAGAAUGCAAGGAUCUUAUAAAAUUUAUAAAUAAUAAUGUCGAAUUGCCAUCACCAGAUGUA